UAUUGUAAAUACCUACUUUUCUGGGGGCCCGGUUCAUGUUUAUACCUUCCCUCUCCCGCUCACCAAGUCCCUCCCCUCUUCCCUCCUAGCUUUUACCUUCUUCCUCUGCAAAACCCUAAUUUAGCUGUGCGGAAACACAGGCGGGCAAUUCAAAUUACUGGUCAAGGUGGAUAGGGGAACCCAGGAAGUUUUUUACUUGUUGUCGUCUUGAGGUUUCCCGGCGCUUUUGACCGUUAAUUUUUAGCCAGCACUUGACUUCUGGUCUGCUUCAACAGAUGCCAUUGUGAGUCCGAGAAGAUAUGGAUGCAAAUGCGACUCCGGAGGAGAAUGGUAACAUGCAACUAAGCGCCAGUGAUAAACAAUUAGAGGAUCUGGGUGAUGACAUCCAAAUCCUCGAGGAUUUGGACUCUUAUUUAGAAGACAUUGAUGACCGGUUGACCAUUUCAAGGAUGGUAAGUGACGCUGUCAUCAAGGGUAUGGUAAAUGCAAUUUCUGAGGAAGCGAAUGAGAAAAUCACUCGGAAAGAAUCCGAGGUGUCUGAAUUGAGGGAAAUCCUAAAGUGCUACCACUUGGGUUCUGAAAAGAAUAAGUCUUUGGUGUCUCCAUUGAGGUCGAAUAAGUCAAAAAGUACUAAAUGUGAUAGAAAUGAAGGCAUCUCUGGUGCUCUUUUUGAGCAUGAUGAAAUGAGAGAUUCAGUGUGCAACCUAAAGAACGCAGCCAAGGAGAACUUCAAGAAACUAAGGAAAGAAAUUGAUAAAAUAAGAGGAUGCAGUUCAAUCAGAAAGAUUAAUUCAGGCUCUGAGUUGGUGGGAUUGAGUGGUAUACUACAAGAAAAAGCAUCUUCGAGAUGUGUUGAUGUGGAUAAAAUAGUUGAUGAUCUUCAAGAUAAUUUAGACACUUUCUAUAAUCAGGUGGAAGAUAUAGUUCAAGUAUCGAAAGCAUCUCUUGGUCAGUGGCAAGAUGAGAAGGAGUUCCUAGCGGAUAUUGAAGGCAUGGUGAUUAGAAAUUAUAUCUGGAGUGUUCAACAAGAGUUAGAGGAGAAACUGUGGGACCAAAAUGCUAAAAUUUUCAGUAAUGAAAGAAAGAUCUGGGUCCAAAAGAUUAAGGAAAUUUCAAGUUUACGUCAAGAAUUAGAUAUCAUUUCAAAAUCACUAUCUCCUGAAGUUGGACAUUUGUUUUCCUAUAGUUCCAUGGAUUCUGAUCAUUCUCAUCGCAAGUUAUUAAGUAACCAUAUGGCUCCAUCAACAGGAAAUGGCAAACAUGAAAUGUCCAAGACGAAUCUUCCUGAAAAUGUGGAUCCUGCUCGUCUAAAGCAUUUGAAUAGAGAUGAAUUAAUUAAUCAUUUUAAUACUGAGAUGACAAAGAUGAGUAGAAAUCAUGAGUCCUUAGUACACGAAAUUACUGAAGAAAAUUUCACUCUCAAGAGAGAACUUCUGAAAGAAAAGGAAAAGUCGUCAUUGAAGAAGGAUAAAGAGUUUGACAUACUAAGGAAAAAAAUCCCUGACAUUAUUUUAAAAUUAGAUGACAUUCUUAUGGAAAAUGAGAAACUAAGUGUAUCUGCUGCUAAUGAUGAGAACCUAGGAACAAUGAGGAAUAGACUGGAGUCGCUUAUUGCAGAAAAUCGCCACCUUAAAGACUCACUUGAAGAAAAGAAAAAGGAGGUUAAGUGUUUGUCUUUGCAAAUUUCAAGCUCUUCUGAGAAAAUGUCUCAACAGUCUCUUCGGCAUGGUAAAUCAUUAAAUACGAUUGAAAAAAUUAAAUGUGAGAUGCAGGAUGCGAAAUUUGAAGCCUCAAUUGGCGAGGAUAUAGUCAAAUGUUUUCUAAGGGAGACAAUGGACACAAUUAGAUGCGUCAAUGAGGAGUCAGCUCUGAGAUAUGAUAUCAUGCAAGGAAUUUAUGAAACCAUCUUCCAAGGAGCUUCUUUCAGAGGUGAGCUUGCUAGCACAUCUGAAGAUGAACAUUUAGAUGAAGAAUCUAUCAUUAUGCAAGGUAUUUUGGGAGUUGUUUUACAAGAAUCCUGGAAAGAAGCUGAGGAAAAAAUGACUAGCUUGAACAACAGAUACAUUGAGGAGAUGAGAAUUCGACAGUCCCUUGAAAAGGAGGUGUUACAUUGUGGGGAGGCAUUAAGAGUAGAGAUUUUCGAAAAACAAAAGUUACAAGCAGAAUUGGUAUUAUUGGGAGCGUCAUUAAAGGAAAAAGAACAGCUAGUGCAAGAAAUAACUUCUGCAUUAGAGAAAGAGAAAGGGAAGCUGGCUUUAGCUUAUGAAGAGGUUGGCUCUUUGAAGGAUCAGACCAACAGACAGGAAACACUGAUUUUGAAGGGCCAUGAAGAGUCCAAUAUUACCCAAUUGAAGUUGGCAGAUGCAUUACGGAAAGUUGAAUUCCUUGAGGUGGAAACUUGUAAGUCAAAACAGAACCUUGAACAAGCAAUGAUGGAAUUAAGCAAGGUUGACGAAGAGAGGAGGAUGCUUGUUGCUAGGUUGUUAGAGAGUCAGAAGACAGAGUUAUUGGUUGAGGAGAAAGAAAAGGAAUCUAGGAAGCAGAUGGAAUCAGUAAUUAUUCUGGUCCAGGAAUUAUUGAAAGAAGUUUUUGAUUUUGAACAUACAGCAAUUGACUAUAUUUCAAGGAAUAAUAAAAGGUUGGAGAGUUUGAGUUCUCAGACAAAUUCACUUAUCCAGAAUGCUUGUAUGCUUAAAAGAGCAGGUUUGAUCUACAAGCAGAGGCAUGAGAAGAGGUGUUCUGACCUUCAAAAGGCUGAAGCUGAGGUCGAUCUACUGGGGGAUGAAGUUGAUGCCCUUUUAAGACUUCUUGAAAAGAUGUACAUUGCUCUUGAUCAUUAUUCACCUAUAUUGCAACAUUAUCCUGGAAUCGUUGACAUCUUGAAGCUUGUAAAAAGAGAAUUGAGUGGAGAUACGACAGCAGCAUUUUGACAUGCUUUGAUGAGGUAAUGUCUGUAACCAAGUAACAAGCUGCAAGUUCCCUGCUGCUGCAUGUUUUUCAAUGACAAGAUUUCUGGAAAGGCAUUAUUUUUAAGGUGUACAUUGCCUCCGAAAAGGAAGGAACAACUGUAAGUAGAUAGUUAAACAGCUGUGUGGAGGCAGGAAACCCAUGUCCUCAAAGCAUCAGUUACCGGUCCUAAUCUCAUCGGACGUCAGCCUGUGAAAAUCUUUUGGCAGAAAAGGAUCAGCACAACAGCAAUAUAGAUUGGAGAACAGGAUUUAUAGGUAUAAAGUACAUCAUAUUCUUUUAAUCUCAGGCUCGUAGGCUCCUUGUUUUCGGUUUAACCUUUAGGGUUCUUUUUGUUAGAUGGUUAUUGUUUCUCAUAGUUUUCUUUUUCCCUCUGUCCUUCGUUGUAAAUGUUCUUUCAUAUCCACUAAAUUAAAGAAAGAAAGUCUAUUUACACAGCACAUUCAUGUUCUUAUCUCAUUACAUGGCUGAACAAAACCCUCAACUUCACCUGUCUCAUUGACAAAGAUGGAGAAAGCCAAUCCUAGAACAGAGAAUUGUCCA